CGGGCUCCGACCCACGAUGGCUCCCAAAGGCGGCUCGAAACAGCAGUCCGAGGAGGACCUGCUCCUGCAGGAUUUCAGCCGCAACCUCUCGGCCAAGUCCUCCGCGCUCUUCUUCGGGAACGCCUUCAUCGUGUCCGCCAUCCCCAUCUGGUUAUAUUGGCGAAUAUGGCACAUGGAUCUCGUUCAGUCUGCUGUUCUGUAUAGUGUGAUGACCCUCGUAAGCACUUACUUGGUAGCCUUUGCCUACAAAAAUGUGAAAUUUGUUCUUAAGCACAAAGUAGCACAGAAGAGGGAGGACGCUGUUUCCAAGGAAGUGACUCGAAAGCUGUCUGAAGCCGAUAAUCGGAAGAUGUCUCGGAAGGAAAAAGACGAAAGAAUCCUGUGGAAGAAGAAUGAAGUUGCUGAUUAUGAAGCUACAACCUUUUCCAUCUUCUAUAACAACACCCUCUUCCUGGUCUUGGUCAUUGUUGCUUCCUUCUUUAUCUUGAAGAACUUCAACCCCACAGUGAACUACAUUUUAUCCAUAAGUGCUUCAUCAGGCCUCAUCGCCCUCCUGUCUACUGGCUCCAAGUAGACCGUGUCAGCGUUGCCCCCGGCGUUGUGUCUCUGGGUGGCCUGUGGGCCGUGGAAAAGUAGCAGGUGGCCAGCGUGGGGGACACACACGAUGUUUUAUAGUCUGGAGGUUGAGGGUUUGAAAAACCAACAAAAUGUAAUUCAGUAUUUGUUUAUUGGCUCUAUUUUGACAGAUUGUUGAAAUUAAAUGAAAGGGAAACUCAGAGUACCAGGACAUUUAUUAAAAGACAAAAAUUCUCUCUCAAUGUACUAUAAUCACAAGAGGAGAAAAUAACUUGUUUCUUUAAUCUGUCAGAGGUCACAGUAACCUGGAGUGAGCUGUUAUUAUUUAUAAUAGUAGCAAGAAGUUAAAAACUGGUUCUGUAUGUUCCAAGCACAAUAUUACAACUUUUUUGAACC